AUAUAUAACACUUUCCAUUAAAAAUGAGGAACCUGGAUACUGGAACGACCAAAGACAUGAAGAAUGGGCCUCGAAACUUGAAAUUCAUUGGAAGCGCAAGAAACAACUUAUUGUCCCUUCAUGGUCCCAUUUAUCAACUAAUUUCAGUUCAAGUGAAUCGCCGUCUCAGCUCACUUCUCGGUGUUCAUUAAUAUUGCCAGUAUAGCCGUCUCGCAAGGAGUUGCCGCCUCUGAAUAAUUAAUUUUCACGACUGUCCAACGAAACCCAACGCUCAACAUCAAACCGUCCAUCAUGCCUUGCUCUGAAACCAUCUCAAGCGUUGAUCCCACCCAUCACUACGCGUCUCUCAUUUCCUACUCCAUCAAAACCCAAAACCUCAAGCUAGGGAGACUCCUGCACUCACACCUGAUCAAAACCGCCCUCUCCCUCAACAAUUUCCUCACCAACCACCUCAUACACAUGUACUCCAAAUGCAACUCCAUAGCUUGUGCCCAGAAAGCCUUUGAUGAUCUUCCAAUCAAGAACACUCACUCAUGGAACACCAUGAUCUCAGUCUACUCUCAAAGGGGUCGUUUUGUCAUUGCUCACAACCUGUUUGAUAAAAUUUCUGAACCAAACCUUGUUAGCUAUAAUUGCCUGAUUUCUAGUCUUCGCAAUCAUGGGUUUUACAGGGAAUCAAUGAGUGUCUUCAGGAGAAUGCAAAAAUAGUACAACUUUGUGUUUAUGGAUGAAUUUACGUUCGUUAGCGUAGUGGGUAGUUGUGCUUGCUUGGGUGCACUAGAAUUGUUGCGCCGAGUUCAUGGAGCGGCUGUGGCAAUUGGAAUGAAGUUUAAUACUGCAAUUUAUAAUGCUUUGAUUGAUGCUUACGGGAAAUGUCACGAUUCUCCUAACGCAUUUUUAAUUUUUAAUCAGAUGGGAGAAAGGGAUGUUCUGUCGUGGACUUCCAUGGUUAUUGCUUAUGCCCGGGCAUCUAGAUUGGAAGAUGCAUAUCAGGUUUUUAAUCAAAUGCCUACCAAAAACACAGUUUCUUGGAGUGCUUUAAUUUCAGGGUUUGCACAAAAUGGGCGCGGUGAUGAAGCUCUGGAUCUUUUUGUGCAUAUGCAAGAAGAGGGCAUCUUCCUACCUAAUGCUUUCACUUAUGUUAGUGUUCUAAGUGCUUGUGCCGAUCUUGCACUUCUUGAUCGAGGGAAACAACUUCAUGGACACAUUAUUAGGAGUAUCAAUGGUGAGGAGUUUAAUGUGUUUUUGUUCAAUGCUUUGAUUGACAUGUAUUGCAAGUGCGGAGACAUGAAAUCUGCUAGGACAUUAUUCGAGGGGAUGCCUAAAAGGGAUAUUGUUUCUUGGAACUCGCUAAUAAAUGGAUAUGCUCAAGAUGGAAAUGGGGAUGAAUCGCUUGCUGCAUUUAAAAGGAUGACCGAAGCAAGCAUAAAACCCAAUCAUGCCACGUUUUCUGCUUGUAGUCACGCAGGUCUGUUACACGAAGGACUCCAAAUUUUGGACUCAAUGGUAAAGGAUUACGAUGUAAUACCAAGAUCAGAUCACUAUACAAUCUUGAUUGAUUUACUCGGGAGGAAAAACAGGCUCAAGGAAGCAAUUGAGUUGAUUGAUAGAGCUCCUAAUUACAAUGAAUUAAAUCGUGUUGGGAUGUGGGGUGCACUUUUGGGCACUUGUCGGAUUCAUGGCAAUUUGGAACUUGCGUAUAGGGCAAGUGCUGCUUUGUUUGAGUUGGAACCUCAAAAUGCUGCAAGACAUGUCAUGUUAUCCAACGUCUAUGCUGCUGCUAGCAAAUGGGAAGAUGCUCGACAAGUGAGGGCACAAAUGGAUAGCACAAAUGGAUAGAGAGGGUUUGAUGAAAGAAGGAGCAUAUAGUUGGGUUGAGGUGAGGAAUUCAAGACAUCAAUUUGUCGCCAAAGACAAGUUUCAUUGGGAGAUGGAAGAAAUAUGUGAUUUACUUGACAUACUAGCAGAUCAGAUGAAGGAUGCUAGAUAUCUACCCCAUGAUCUGAUUGAAUGAAUAUUGUUCAAACUUUUUAGUUCACUUACCUUGCCUGCAUCAAGCUUUUUGGUGAAACUAGAAGAUACUGAUAAAAAAUUGAGGAAAAUUUACUGGGAAUUCCUCCAAGGUAAAAUUACUUAAUGAAUGUGUGGUGGCAUGGGCUACCAAAGAAAACCUCUUUGUGUGGAAGUGUGUAGGUUGUUUGCCUGGCUUCACUUUUUGCAAAGAAAAGCUAAGAACAUUGAACAAGUGGAAUUUGGUAAAUACUGAACCCACUAGAUAAAAAUAGUUUUUGAUAAGGGGAAUUCUAUACCCUAUAUGGUAGUCAUAUACCCUUUGGCCACGUUUGUUUGGCACUAUAGGAUGGAAGAAAUUAAGAGUACAAUGGGAUUGAAUGAGUAGAUUAUUAGUAUAGUGGUAUUAGGUUGGAAAUGUAUGAUAAAGAUUGUCUGUUUGUACA